GAUUGGCACACCUCGUCAUACAUCACCUUGGUCUGAAAUGCUUCAAAUCAUCCACCAAGCGGACAACAAUCUGUUCUUGCCCUCACGCUCAAGAUCGGCUCUGAUCCGACACUGUCUAGCAACCAGUCAGACCUAGGCCCGAGCAUCUCAUCCUGGGCGCAAGCGCACCUUCUCUCCCUGUGCUAGCCAGACAGUCGCUCUCGCAAUUCUUCCAGCCGACAACAACAAAAGAAGAAGAAAAAAAAAAACCAUGGCCUCCUCAGAUCCCACACAGCAGCCGCCCGCGGGCCCGACACCAGCGUCAUCCUCCUCCUCCUCCUCCCCCACCAACACCAACACCGACCCCGCGGCCGCCGAGGACGCGAUCCUGCACAACGUCGCGCUGGGCGUGACCCCGAUAGCCCUGGGCGCCAUGUUCCUGCCCCCGCGGCGGUUCGACCUGCGGCUCGUCAUCCUCGGCGGCGUGGCGCUGUGGGGCACGAACCAGCUCGCGCUCGACUACACGGGGACCUCGACCUUCGCACGCAUGGGCGGCCGGCUCCAGAGCAUGGCGGGCACGGAGCUGCCCGAGAAGGCGCAGCGCACGCAGAUGCUCAUGAGGCAGGAGCGGGAGCGGCGGGCGGCGGCCGCGGCGGACCAGGCCAGGCUGGACGCUGCGGGGCGGUAUAGCGGCGGUGCUGGUGCGGGGGAGGGCAAGAAGCAAGGGGGUGGAAGAGGAGGGGUGGAGGAGGAGGAGGAGAGGAAAGGAUCGCUCGAGGCGAUCUGGAUGGGCGAUGCCGAGGAGGAUUGGAAGGAGAAGAGGGCGCGGCGGGAGCGGGAGGCUCUGCAGGAAGGUGGUGGUGGGAUCUGGGGGCUGAUCAUGGAUCACAUCUCGGACGUGCGGAACAGCGGCAAGCAGAAGCGUGCGGAGGUCCUGGCGGCGAGGGAAGAGAAACACAAGCAGGAGGAGAAGCAGGACCAGGAGAAGAAGUAA